UGCAAGUUUUUGGGAACCAAGUAUUGCUCAACGUGAUUAGGCUCUGGUUCAUAUCAUGGAUCAACAGCCCAAAGACGAUAUUGAUAUUUUUGAACCAACGGUGACCUUAGAUCAAACACAUUAUCAAGAGGGUUAUAAAAAUGGUUAUGAUGAUGGCUUGGUGUCUGGAAAGGAAGACGGAAGGCAGGUUGGUUUAAAGAUGGGUUUCCAGAUAGGUGAAGAACUGGGAUUCUAUCAGGGCUGUUUGGAUGUGUGGAUGUCAGCAAUUCGCCUUGAUCAAGAUGCAUUCUCAGCUCGAGUCAGGAAGAACAUGGAACAGCUGGCUGCACUACUGAGCAUCUAUCCUUUGUCUGAUCCAGAGAAUAACCAGGUUCAAGACAUGAUGGAGAAGAUCAGGAUGAAAUUCAGGGUUAUCAUGGCAAGCUUAGGAGCAAAAUUGGACUAUGAAGGUCGCCCCACAUCUUCUAAGGAAGACUUUUAG